CAGAGUGCGACGAGACGUCGAGACGACCGAGACGACGAGACAACUUCAUCGUUUUCACUCUUCACACCAGGACACCAGUCCAGUGAGUCCAGUCCCUGUCACCGGACACGGAAAACAUGCUAGGAUUUUUAUGUCCUAACAUUUUUACUAUUCCAUCGUUGAUUGAAAUUUUGGAACGAUGACAACUUUAACACAAAAUGAUAAUGAACUCAAGCGGUUACUCAACAACCCUGCUAAAAAUGUCACCGAGGAGAGCAGCAUGGCACCGCCACUUACAACAAAUGUACCGAGGCCAUCUACAUCACAAAAUGCAGCACCGCCACAAUCAUCAAUGGCUGCAGUUGUGCCGGCACAAAGUCAGAAAGAAACUUUAGAGCCAUGUUUACAAAACGUCGUUGCAACCGUCGAUCUAGGCACAGAACUUAAACUUAUGAUGAUAAACACAAGAACAAGAAAUUCGGAAUACAAUCCUGCUAGAUUUACUGGAUUGGUCAUGCGAAUUAGAAAUCCUAGAGUUACCGCACUCAUAUUUCGCUCGGGAAAACUCGUGUGCACCGGAGCCAGGUGCGAGGAAGAUGUGUUUCUUGCCGCAAGAAAAUUUGCUAGGAUUAUUCAAAAGCUGGGAUUUCCGGUGAAAUUUCUGAAUUUUAAGAUUCAAAAUAUCGUGGCGACGUGCGACCUUAAAUUUCCGAUAAAAUUGGAAAAUUUGAAUCACAUGCAUGGCCAAUUUUCAAGCUAUGAGCCUGAGCUUUACCCUGGUCUGAUAUACAGAAUGGUUAUGCCGAGGGUAGUUUUGCUCAUUUUCGUUAAUGGAAAAAUCGUUUUAACAGGUAAUUAUAACUCGAACAAAUGUCUCAUCUAUCAAAAGACAGCGACAUACAUGGGGGUUUUUAUUUCAACUGUUUCAGGUGCAAAGAACAGGAGCGAAUUGCACGAAGCUCUGACAAAUAUACAUCCCAUAUUGAAGAGCUUCAGAAAACAAUGAACAGUAGCAUUUAACACGCAUCGUUUUAUUUAUACAUUCAUCAAUCACGAACAAAAGUAUGUGUAUUUUUAGCACAUAGUUUUUAAGCUUUAUUGUAUAUCAUAUAUUUUUCAACAGUAGUUUUACGCAUUUUGUAAGUUAUAAUAAAUAGAUCAAACUCCUAUUUGUUAUUUUGCGAGAA